CAAGAUUAUAGUCUCGUCUAUCUACUCGGUCGAUCUGGAGAACCUUACUCCCAUACUUGUCUAUGGCCUGAUAGGGACAGGGACGAGACAGGACGAGACGAGACAAGAAAGGGAUACCUCGCCAAGACCAAUAAUUCUCCUGGACAAGUGUGUUUAAAGGAAUGAAUGAGAUGCAGAUUCCCCUUGGCAGAUAUCCUCUCGAGGGAAUAAAGUAUGAAGAUAUGGGAUGGGAUGGAUGGAUGUGGGAUCAUUCUUGGCUGGAACAAAGAAUGAAAAGUGAACGAGGCAGCGUGAUGCAGGGAUGUACAGAUGUACAGAUGUCCAAAAUGUUCAGGAUGGUUGCUCUUAAGACAGAUAGGUGCUUUGCACAUGGGAUUGACUGUCUCCCCGGCCAAUCAUCGCCCCUUGCCACUAUUGCGCCCACGGUGUGCAUCUCCAUAUCGUAUCUCCUUGGCGUUGAGCACGGUCACGGUAGACAAAGUAGAGCACAUCACAGAGUCCAGAUCAGGAGAGAGUACGGGGGAUGGUAUUAAGACAGUGCUAUAUUAAACCGGACUCUCAUCGUCAAACUUUAUCGCGAUUAGACCCUU